AUGCACUUUCAUUGUCCAUUUUAUGACGAUGUUACAGCCAAACUGACUCCAGUCCCGAAGGUCCCGGUCACUACCUCAGCAGCCUCUACUGGUAGUGGUGGGAAGAGGAAGCGGAAGAUCCAGCUGGUGUCCAGCCACAGGGACGAUCACAUCUCCCUGCCCCCGCCUCCGGAGCUGGGCUACACGAUCACUGUGAAAGACCUAGACGAAGAGAAAAAGGCUGCCAUCAGCAAGAUCCAGAAGGUCCUGGAGACACCUGCUCCAGAGCCAGAGAAGUCGGUCUCUCCCCCAGCCACCACUUCCACUCAGCCUGCCUCCUCCAGCAGCUCCACCACCACCCUGAGCAGCCUUCUGGCAGCUCCUCUGCACACGGUCUCCAGCUCCGCCAUCCCAGUCAUCAACCUGGAUCCCAGCCCGGGCAGCAGCGUCAGCACAGCACCUGCAGCCUCCAACUCGCUGCUGGAGGCUCUGAAAAUGAAGAUCAAUGUUCCUGCCAGCUCCACAUCUGCUGCCAACACAGUUACAGUGUCUGCGUCGACCACACUGGUACAACCCAGCGGCUUAGGCCUGAAGGUUUCGACUACGAUGUCCCCGCAGCUCCCCCCUGCCUCCCAGUCCCAGUCCUCCUCCGCUGGUCUGGAGCAGCCCUCUGCCUUCACUCAGGUUCUGGGUCAGGUCUCCAAGGCUUCCAGCACUCCACUUGUAACAGGACCAACCCUGUUCGGACUGGCGAGCCAGAUCAGCACCCCCGCUGCUUCCUCGGCCUCCAACCCGGUCACUGCUACCGCCGCCGCCCCGGCCAGCAGCUUGGCGUCCAUCAUUAACACCAACCCUCUGCUGGCUUCAGGGUUCAAGCCCAUCUUUUCCGUUACCACCACCUCCUCGGCUGCAUCGACCCCAGAGAGCAAACCUCCUGUCCAGAGUUUCAAGCCCAUCUUUGGAGGCACCACUGUAGGUUCUGGCUUUGGACCGCCUCCAGCUUACACAAGCACCAACCCCGCAUCUACAGUGUCCUCAAGCGGUGCACCCUCCAUGUUUGGUGGAUUAACAAGCAGCGCCACAGUUGCUCCAUCUGUGUUCCCGAGCAUGACCAACACAGCCUCCACCGGCUCCAUCACCACCACACAGCCUGCAGCCCAGCCAGCUGUGAAAUCCCAGUUUGGAAACUGGUCAGCACCAUCCACAACCAGUACCAGCUCAGCCCCUGCAGCGCAGGCCCCCAAUACAGGCAGCACGUUUCAGUUUGGAGCUGCUACCACCACGACUGCAGCAGCUGCAGCCGCCUCCGCUGCUGCUGCUGCCACAACCUCCAGUAACAGCACCUUCUCGUUUGGUUCCACGCAGCCGGACCCCCAAGCUGCCAACCAGAAGGUAUUCGCCUUCGGGCAAACGGCACCCAGCCAGAACACAACCACUGCUUCGUUUGGAGGCUUCCCCAUGGCGAGCACAGCCUCCACCACUGCUGCCGCCACCACCCAGUCCACCUUCGCCUUCGGAAAGUCGUCAUUUCAAGCACCGGCAACGCAGUCGACCUUCGGC